CCGGGUUACUAAUCAGCGCUGAAAGUUUGAAGAUCUCUGACACUGUCACCAAUUUUGUGACACAGACAAAUAUGGCGAACUACUGGAGGAAAUGGUUUGUUGGGGGACCGACGCGCAGGUGGCUGAGUCUCAUAUUCCUUACCGCAACGUUUCUAGUUCUACUGUACUUCACUCAGUACCCGAACUGGAUCAGCCAACUAAUGAUGAAAACGCGAUGGUCUACGGCAGAGUCUAUUGACGUGAAUCCGGCUGUAAUUGAGAAACCGGUGUUGAACACAACCAAACCGUUUUCUCCGGUGUUAAAAACAACCAAACCGUUCUCUGCUGCGGUCUAUAAGAGGCAGCUGAAAUUUUCCUUAGCUUCUGAGUCUGGCAGACAAUAUUCUGUAGGAGAUACGUUGCGCAUUGAGAUCUCUGCCAAAGAUUCACAAAAUAACAUAGUUACAAACAUUGGUGAUUUCUUUCGAGCUUCCAUUCUUACCAAACAUAAGAAAAGAAGAAAAAAGAAGGAAGGCGCAGUCGGUAUCACAACGGACCACCAGAACGGUACUUACACGGCGACGUUCCGACUGUUGUGGGAGGGGGGGGGUCACCAUCAAAAUCCAACUGGUCCACCCACGGCAGGCUAUCGAUGUUAUAGAAAGAACUAUCCGAAAACAUCCAAUUGAUUUGUCAUGUUCCGAAAACGUUAUAUAUUAGAGAAUAAUGCCUACAUCGACACCAAGUGUAACGUAGACCCUGCCAUCUUCAAGAACACCAGUGCAGUUUGUAACUACUCGGACCCGCAUGCAGGCGCCUGGUGGUAUUGUGAGAAAGCCGCCAACAUUUCUUGUAAUACACCAGGAUACCAUGGCACUGACAAUGGCAGACGUAACCGGUACAAGAACUUGAAAGGUGGAAAACUGUUUCGCAGGGGCAACAAUGCAAUGAAGAAGUCGAUUUCUGGAUCUCCAUCUAAACUUUAUGUUAGAAAAGGGCAAGAUCCUUUGGCCAAUCGCACACGGUGUGUCCGGGGACUGUCCACUCCACAGAUAUCUGGGUUCUAUCUGAUUGGCGUUUGGAACUCUCUCGUCUGUAAGAACAGACAUUUCUCCAGCCAGGCCGGCUGGCAGCAAUGUCUGAAGGGGAAAACUCUGCAUUUCAUGGGCGACUCUACCAUACGGCAGUGGUGGGAACAUUUGGUCAGAAUCUUGAAAAUGAAAAAAACACAUAUUCCUUGGGCCAUACACAAAACUGGGCCAUUGCUCGCCCGAGAUCCUGUUAAUAACAUAACGUUAAACUAUCGUUCACACGGACCGCCACGUAAUUGUCCUUUUACUCGGACAUUUCUCCUCAGGUACGUCGCUAACACCAUCGAUGAAAUUGAGGGAGGACCGAACGAUGUGGUUGGUAUCACCAUGUGGGCACAUUUCACCUCGUACCCUGUGGAGGUCUACAGGAAAAGAAUGGAAGCCGUCCGUGCUGCCAUAGAACGUUUACUACACAGGAGUCCUGAAACUCUGGUGGUCAUUAAGUCGGCAAACACGGGCAGGGGCAAUGAGCUGAAAUCUGGGGAUUGGUUGGCACACAAGCUGGACUUGAUAAUGAGAGAAAUGUUCCGCGGGAUGAACGUUGUUCUUGUAGAUGUUUGGGAAAUGACCAAUGCACAGACCUGGCACAGGGACAACACUCACCCAGCGCCUGACAUAAUUGUACAAGAACUAGAGUUCCUUUGUUCUUUUAUAUGUCCUUUGUGAACCCGGACUUCAAAAGAACGCUUAUCAAUAUUGCAACAACAAAAAAACACGAAAAGAAAGAUCUUAAACACUAUUUAGAAGUACGUUUUCGGAGCUUUUUGAAAUGGUGGCCAAACAGCCAACCACACAACCAACGUAACCAAUCAGCCGGCUGGCCCCCAGGGUAGACGAUCGCUUGCAGGAUGAAAGUUGUACAUAGUGAUGUGGUGUAUGACAUGCGCAGAGCAUGUGUCCUCGAGUUUACUUGAUUUUGACGAAGGAAGAUGUGUUCAAAUAUCUCAUGUCAUCAUCUGACCACGAUAUACUGGAAAAUUUCUAUAAGUUCAUCUACAAAUGUUUUAGGAAGAGAGAAGGUGCAUGUAAACUAUAGUA